AUGGAUCGUUAUCGUCCUGCUCACAGGCCCGAACCUUACGGCUACCGCCCUCGAACAAAGCAGCGCCAGGAACCUCACCCACGCCCAUCACGACCCCGCUCCCGUUCGGAUAGAUAUAAGGAGUAUGACACCUAUACCCCAGCCUGUCGGUCCCCGUCGCGUCCCCGUCUGUUCCCUCAAUCGUCGCCUACCUAUCCGGAGCCAACACCUGGAUAUACCGACUACGAGUUCGCAUCUCAGCGUUUGCGACAUCGAAACAAAUCAAUCGAUGUCUCGCUACCAAAACAUUUCGUUGCACCGAUUACUUGCUUCUUCUGGCACCACUUCGGCCGCUGCAACAAGAGAGACGAGGAUUGCGCGUACGCACACUGGGAUACUGGAUACCUUGCUGCAGCGCCUAUCAAUAUCGUGAGCGCUACGGGUUCUGGUGGGUGCCUCCCCUCUCGUUCUAUGCCAGGAGAUCCCCCGUACAACCAUGCGCAAGACCUGUGGAUUGCUGACAAAUCGUCGACAGAGAGCGUGGCGGGAACUAAAGCACGAGACCCUACAGUCCAUACGUCCGGACCAUCCUCGACAAAUCUCACAGAGGGGACAGAGGUACUCCAUGUCCGGCAGGAGCGGCUCCGGCUCAAGGAGAAAAGCUUCGAGAAGCGAGUAGAGGAUCUAGAGAAGUCGGUUCGACUGAGGGAGCAGGAGGUGCAGAAAAGAGAGAAGAGAGUCGCCAGUAUGGAAGCGGUGCAAAAUGCAAAGGCUGGGUGUUCCAGCUGGGUGUGCGAGAAGUGCGGUCAGCAGGGUGAGUGGCCAUAA